UCACAACCUGUGUCGGGCCCUCCUGCCUGGACACACUCAUGACGCGACCCCGGUUCUCACUCCCAUUGCGUGUCCGGUUUCUGGAGAAGCCAAUCAGCGUCCCCGCGGCUCCCGGUUAUAAAAUCUCCACCGACCCGCCGGACUCAGUUUCUCCCCAGACCCCGGGGAUGCGGGUCAUGGCGCCGCGAACCCUCCUCCUGCUGCUCUCGGGCGCCCUGGCCCUGACCGAGACCUGGGCGGGCUCCCACUCCCUGAGGUAUUUCUACACCGGGGUGUCCCGGCCCGGCCGCGGGGAGCCCCGCUUCAUCGCCGUCGGCUACGUGGACGACACGCAGUUCGUGCGGUUCGACAGCGACGCCCCGAAUCCGAAGAUGGAGCCGCGGGCGCCGUGGAUGGAGCAGGAGGGGCCGGAGUAUUGGGAGGAGGAGACGCGGAUCUCCAAGGACGACGCACAGACUUUCCGAGUGAACCUGCACACCGCGCUCGGCUACUACAACCAGAGCGAGGCCGGGUCUCACACCUUCCAGUGGAUGUGCGGCUGCGACGUGGGGCCGGACGGUCGCCUCCUCCGCGGGUACAGGCAGGACGCCUACGACGGCGCCGAUUACAUCGCCCUGAACGAGGACCUGCGCUCCUGGACCGCGGCCGACGCGGCGGCUCAGCUCACCAAGCGCAAGUGGGAGGCGGCCGGUGCUGCGGAGAAAGAAAGGAACUACCUGGAGGGCACCUGCGUGGAGGGGCUCAGCAGACACCUGGAGACCGGGAAGGACACGCUGCAGCGCGCAGACUCUCCAAAGACACACGUGACCCAUCACCCCAUCUCUGACCAUGAGGUCACCCUUAGGUGCUGGGCACUGGACUUCUAGCCUGAGGAGAUCUCACUGACCUGGCAGCGUGAUGGGGAGGAUCAGACCCAGGACAUGGAGCUUGUGGAGACCAGGCUCUCAGGGGACAGGACCUUCCAGAAGCGGGCAGCCCUGGUGGUGCCUUCUGGAGAGGAGCAGAGAUACACGUGCCAUGUGCAGCACGAGGGGCUUCAGGAGCCCCUCACCCUGAGAUGGGAACCUCCUCAGCCCACCGUCCCCUGCAUGUGCCUCAUUGUUGGCCCAUGGCUCUUGGUUCUCUUGGUGGUCACUGGAGCUAUGGUGUCUGGAGCUGUGAUCUGGAGGAAGAAGCAGUCAGGUGAAAAAGGAAGGAGCUACGCUCAGGCUGCAAGCAGUGACAGUGCCCAGGGCUCUGAUGUGUCUCUCAGGCUUCCUAAGGUUUGAGACAGCUGCCUUGUGGGGACUGAGUGAUGCAGGAUUCCGCAUCCCACCCCUGCAUUGUGACUUCAGGAUCUUCUGACUUUCUGCAAAAGUCAUCUGAAUGUGUCUAUGUUCCUGUUAGCAUAAAAUGAAAAGGUGGGGAGCCUGGCCCACCGCUGCCCACCACGACCCCUCCCCACACUGGCCUGUGUUCUCUUCCCUGAUGGCCUUUCCUGACCGAACAGAGGUGGGGCUGGGCCAUCUCCAUCUUUGUCUUAACUUCAUUUUGCGCUGAAAAGUAAUGUGUUUCAUAUCCUAUUGAAAAUCAGGAUCCAAACUACAGAUCUCCCCCUACUAUAUAGAUGGGUCCUCAUCGGUCUUGUCCCCCAGUGUUUGUUUAUUUUGGUCUUUUUCCUAAAACUGUACAAAUGUUAGAUAUUUAAUCUUUGGUAAUAUGAUAUUACAAAGAAAUUGCUUUCUUCUGUUAUUGUUCAGCUUAGUCAUCUUCAUAUAUGCUUAAUCAUUACUAGUUACUUCUGUUAUUUCGUUUCCUUCUGUUUUCUUUUUUUUAAUUAAUUUCCCUUGGCAUAUCAAUGUCUUUGUUACUGGCUUCUAAGAACUCAUUUAUGACUAAGGAUGUUAACAAUUUGUCAUGCAAUGUGAAUGAAAUACCAUGUUUUACUGCCAUCAAUUUACUAUGGUGUUUUGUAUUUUGGUUGUGUAUUAAAAUAUAAUCAUGUUGUGCCUUAAAAAAAAAAAUCAGGAUAUGAAUUUGUUUUUUUGUUAUUUAUGCCAUCAGGGGUUGAUGGGAUAAUAAAGGUGAGGAUUCCUAAGGUUUGAGAGAGGAAAUAAAUGGAAGCACUGAGAACCUUCCAGAAUC